AUGGCGUUAUCAGGAUACAUUUUCGCUGUGUUAACAGUUGCUACUGUGCAUGCUGUGAACCAAUAUCAGAAUCAAUAUGGAAACUUCCAAAACAAUCACGGAUUUCGGCAACCGCUUUUCCCUACGAUACCAAUACCCAACAUGCAACCGUUAGUUUUUCCAACUUUCCCAGCAUUUCCCACCUUUUCCCCGCAAGAUGUAAUAAACAGGAACGUAGGUCCUGGUGAAAAUUAUAAUGGCGUAGCUAUUUCCUCUUCAAGUUUUUCACAAAUGGGUCCAGAUGGAAAAGUAAUAAGAAAUGGGGGAACCAAAAUCAUCACAAACCGAAAUGGCGUUGUGGAGGAAUAUGACUACCCUGUAUCAGCUGACUCGAAAACCAACAUACGAUCGCCGUCGUUACCCUUGCCUGUAAUGAUCCCUCAAUUAAAGCCACUAAAACUACCAGCAUUGCCAUUUCCAAUAAUAAAGCCACCACCAUUACCGAUUUUACAGAUUCCUCAGUUAAAGACAUUUAUAUCCAUCCCACCAGUAAAUAUACCAUUACCAAGAGUGCCAUCAGUGGACCCAACUAUAAUUAGGAGUUACAAGCCGGGUCAGGAUGAACAAUUUACUGGCAGAUCCAUCGUGUCCUACAGACAUUCGUCGAAUAUCAAUGGGGAUAAAACCAGUGGGGGGGUUGACACCAUAAUCAGCAAUGACAACGGAGUAGUAAAUAAGAAAACUUAUAAAUAUGGAGAUUUGAACGAUAAAAAUGAAUAUUAG